UUGCGCUCGGUGAUUUUUUUCCAAAAGACGUAGCAGAAGAUUAAAUGAGCUGUUUCCCAGGAUGAUGGAUUGGAAUCAGUCGUUACAAGGACAACAUGAUGCUUUCACCUGGUUCACAGAGUCCCAGCUCCGGUCUGUGAUCAGGAACGGUAUAGUCCCAGAGUGGUUUCAUGGGAUCAUUUCCAGGAAGACGGCAGAGGAACUGCUCAUGUCCAAGCCUUCUGGCUAUUUCCUCAUCAGAGUCAGUGAGACCAGGAUUGGCUACUCUCUCUCAUAUCGUGCUGACGACCGCUGCAGACAUUUCAUGAUUGAUGCAUUGGAGGAUGGCCAUUACAUUAUAGUGGGGGAAAACAGGCGUCACCGGUUUCUGCAGGAUCUUGUGGACUUUCAUCGUAGAAAUCCCAUCAUGCCUUUCACUGAGGUGCUGACUGUUGCUUGUGGACAGUCCUCAAAUGACAAGACGGACUACGCAGAACUUCUGUUUCCCCAAAGACAUCCAAAACCUAACGCCAGUUUGCCACAAAACAACUUCCUGCAACUCAACAGGAGCCACCCAGAAUCACAAGAGGAGAGUACCCCACCUGCCCUUCCUUAUCGGCCAACCAACCUGAUCAACUCCACAGUCCCGUUUCCUAGCAGCCAGCCAAACAGACUUUACCCAAGUUUAAAUGAAGAAUUUCCACAUGUCGCCUCCCCACUUCCAGCCAAGCCUAUGCUACUGACCAGGAAGAGAUAUACAUCAGACAACCCUCCACCCAACCAGCCUCCUGAAGUCCCCGCUCGGAGUUGUCUGCCUCCACUGAAGCAGAACCAAGCUUGUGUCAGAACAGUCUCUGCACCUCAGAGUCCCUCCACAGCCAUGGCCACUGAAGUGAAGCCUUCGGUUGUCACCAACCUAAAGAACCUUAAGAAGAAAUUCCAAAAGAAGAGAAGCACAUCGCAGGAGCAUAUGUACACGGAGAUCGAUAUGGAGGCGACUGACAGGGGCGGAAAUGCAGAUAAUGAGUACCAGGAGAUCACACAGGAGGAGACCUUCAACAGUGCGCCAUUUUCCUACAUUCACAAUAAUGUGCCGCUGACUGAUGGAGCGUUACCUCAAGAGUACCUACCACCUCCUCCUUUUGCACCAGGCUACUGAUACACAGCUGCUGCCUCAGAAAAAAAUAACCUGUAGAUUGACAGAGAGCUGGACUGAAAUCUCCUGAAACAAUGUUACAUAACUGAGUCAAACCAAAGACGGUGUAUAAUGUGCACACCCAACCCCAAGUGGGUACAAAUACAGGGCAGAAAAGCAGCAUACAAUUAAAGGAGAGGUGGUCUGCACACUGAAUAUUGAAACCUCAGAAAAGAUAAAUAAUGCAUGGUUUCACCCUUCAAAAUGUGUGUUCACAUGGAUGAUAAUGUGCCGGACUACUGUAUAUCUUGGCAGGAAGCAGUGAAGUGUACGCUGGAUGCUUGCUAACCUCACGGUAACAACAAGGCUACGGGAAGUGACUGGUCCCAUGCAGCCAAGAGACGGUCUGGCUUCGGACAGAGCCUGUCACUCUGUUGCCAGUAUUUGUGCUAAGCUAAGCUAACUGCCUGCUGGCUAUAGCUUUAUAAAAUAAAAAUGAGAGUGAUAUCUUUUCAAGACAAGAAAGCAAACAGGUGUUUCUCCAAAAUAUCAAACUAUUCCAUUAAACUUCGGGGAGCUGCAAUGUACGGUGUGCAAACUACCUCACCUUUUCCUGUACAUACCUUAAGCAAAGCUGCUGACAGUUGAACGUUGUUGAACAUGUUCAAUUUAAUGCAGUUACUUUCCCCCCCACAAAGUUAAGGCUAUAAAAUUAUAUAUAAAAUAGAUUAAACUGCUGUACAUAUGUGACAGUAAUUAGUGCCAGUGACUUGUGGAUGUUUAUUUUUUUCUUUAAUGUUCAUUAUUUCAACAAGGAGAGUAGUGAUAAACAUUGUUACAUAGGAAAAAGCAGUGCACUAAAUGUAAUCUAUAUAGGCAUCUAGCUGAAGCUCAUUUGCUGCCCGCUUUUCUGGUUAGGCUUUUAAAUCCAGCUUAAAAAUUGGUGCAUGUCUCCUUUGUUAUGUAAUAAAGCACGAGAAGACUGCAAGAGGAAGUUUUAUCGAGCCCUUAUUGGUCUUUAUCUUUUAUAACGUCACUAGUUUCAUGCAGCGUAUGUAAAUCAGAAAUGUUACAGUUAAUGUCAACUGCUUUGAAUACAGUGCAUGCACAUUGUAGCAUCAGAUGCAGAUCUGUUAUCAGCAAUGUGACAGGGAAGCUGGAGCAGAGAGAAAAGGCAGAUACUGGCCAAACUUGUUUGACAAGCAGAACCUAACAGGUCUGUCGAAUUCACUUUCACAGUCCUUCUGGACACGGAGUUGGUAUUUCCCCGAACACAUCAUUUCAAUGUUACUGAAAAUGGCCGUGUCAUGCUUUUGUCAUGUACUUUCAAUAACUAGAGAGGAUUAUGAAUUACCUAGACAAUGUGAUGGCUACAAUAUUUGACAUUUUUGUCAUGACUUCAUAAUGCAAAGCAUGUAAUAUUGUUAUAUGACUGAGUUAAUAAAGCACUUUA